UCCGUUGGGAAGACAAAGUUCGCGCGCAAUACGGGCGCAGGCAGGUAGUGUGGGCGCGCGGUCGAGGCGCGGCGGGCGGGCGGCGGCGGCAUAUCGAUUCCGCAGCGCCUUCAGUCGGCGUCCGUCGAGCGCCGCGCUGCGCCGAGCCGCCGGCGAGCGGGCGUCGCCCCUCCCUCGGCCCGCACCCUGCCCCCUCCACCCUCGUCCACCGAAUCUCUCGUCGCCCGUCGCCGGCAAACUCGAACGACCUCUUUCCGCUAACUAACGUCGCACCGCGCCCGCCAGCCGCCGCGGAACUACGCUCGAUCGCUAAGCGACAGACUUUUCCAACUAUAUAAAAAUAACUUGAUUUCGCAUCGUAAAAAGAGAAACUUUCCCUCGAUAGUAUCCUAGCAACGUCGGGACGAUGUUUGAGAGUGCGUUGUUAUGGCGUAGGAUCUAAGAUCUACGUGGUCGGUAGUUCGUUGGUGGUGCGAGUGAUGUGGUGUGCGCGGCGGCGAGCAUGGUCGGCGCGGGGUGCGCGCGCGCCGGGCGGCGCGUAGGAUGGACUGCUGCAACUACGAGUACCGCGCGGGCGGGGGGUACGCCCCGCCCGGCUGGGAGGGCUACGCGCCGUACGCGCCGCUGUACGCGCCGUACGCGCACGGCUACUACGCGCACGCGCAUCAUGACCCCUACGCACGCUACUACCGCUACGACUACCCGCACCACGCACACCAUAAUGAUCAUGUUUCACCAAUGGACUACGGCGCUUACGCGACGAAAGAAGCGCGCGUGCGGCGCGCGCUGGCGCGGCGAGAUGCGCGCGCGCUACCGGCGCAACACCUGCCUCUCACGCCUACGCCUCCUUUAGAACAUGGGCUGAACAAUCGCGGCUCUUCAUACUGUGAGCCACAAAUGUGGUCUCAUUAUCAGAUGGGAACGAUGAGUGGUGGCUGGAGUGGCAGCGGGCCAGGCGGCGCGUGGGCAGCGCGAGGCACGUGCGCCCGCGAUGUUCCACGCUACCCCCCCGAAUGCCGGCCGCUCAAGGGACCCCAGCUGCAUCUCCAAAAUCAAAUGUGCGCUUCCGAAGGGCGUUCGACGCCUUACCCAGUGUAUGAAGAUUCUCCGUACAGCGGUCAGAAUGGACGCAAGCCGAGUCCCGCGCCGCGUUCCGGCCCGGCCGCGGAGCGCGCGCGCGAUCGCCUCUCCGCCGAGCCCAGGCGGUCGCCUCCGCCCGAGCCUAGGCCGCCCGUAGUGCCUCUACCCGCUUUUCAGCAGGCCUUCGGCUCCACGGAAAUCGGGAAGUUUGCGGAGGCAUUCAGCCGCACGGAGGUCGCGCUCGAGGACGCCUCGGAGAGCUUUAGCUACGAGUCAUUCCCCGAGUGGGACGCGCCCGAGCCGCAGUGGUCCUCUCAACCCGCUGCGCGAGAGGUUAAAUGUGAAGACACCUUUUGAGCUGUCUUCGCUCUAGUGCUAAUUUCUGGCGUAAGCCGACUAGUUAAUUAAAUAGACAAUGUUUAGUUCCACCACCUCGUUGCCAAAAUGAUUAGAGAUGGAGUUCGAUAUCUUAGAACUUUAGGAUGUGAUACCAAAUUUACAAACGUGUACGAAUAAUGAAUCGGCCGGUAAGAUAGUGGUGUGUCGUUUAAUUUAUAUGAUGUAGCAUAAUGUUAUUGUUCCCUUUGACUAGUUUUAGACUCACCUUAAUGAGAUGAACAAAGUAACUUACUGAUAAAGGGAUGUAGGGAUUAAGGUACUGCAAUGCAUAGUAGAACAAAUAAAUCAUGACUAAAUGUGCCUUUAUUCGGAGAGCCCGGCCCUAGUGCGCCCCCGCCCCCCGCCCGCAGCGCGCCGGCGUGGAUGACGUCAUACAAUAGCAAUUAUUGGGACCAACGUUUAGACAAAUAUACACCACCCAGUCGCAUACACGACCGAUGCACACAUGCACACUUCAGCAACGUUGUUCUUUAAGCAUUCGCUCAGGGACAUUACAACAACAGUUAAGUCAGACAAUGAUGAUCUCUGUUCUGUUCUGUUCUGAUAAUUUCUAUAAUCCUAUAGGACUACAUACACUACAUACAGGAAACAAAAGACGACGAAACACUUAUAAGACAUUCAAGAUGACAACUUAUUUUGAUAUGGCGUAGAAAAGGAUCUUGAAACUGUGUCGUCAAAAAAAGUUAAAAAUAUUCGUUCUGGGCAAAUAGAAUGGAGGGGGGCUUGGGAGACGCCGCGCGAGACUAUAAUAAACAUUCGAAAUUAUUCAGGAAAAAUAUAAACAAGUCAUGUAUGUACGUAGGUAUAUUUAGGUAGUUAAAUUUGAUAAAAUUUUUGAAGAGAUUACACACUUAUGAAUAAAAUGGCUUUUUAAUUAAACGAUUAGGGGUCCAACAACGUUCAUGUAAUGUUUCUGUAUUCAUUGUGCUAAUUUCGUUAAAAUCUGUGACAAGCCUCACGUUGACUUGAUUCAAAUUAUUUGUGAUUUCUUAUUGGAAAUGAUUAAUUAUUGAGUAUGUUUAACUCUCUGUGAUAUAAUAAUUUUGUUGUGUUACUUCUAAUUGUAUGUGUUUACUGUUCAAUUGUAUUUGUAGUUCCUUUAUUAUUUGGUACGGAUUUGUUAGUUAAUUCGCACAUUUAAUUGAAAUGUUAGUAAACUUUUGAAGAAAGUUUUGUAACAGUAUUAUUAUUAAGUCGUUACUUUGUUACUUCUAACUUCUGAAGUUGUAAAUUUCCAUGUAGGUAUUUGCCACCUGUUGGAUGGAUUGAUCAUGUCCUUUGUAAACUCUCUAACCGCUACAGAAUCGUGGUUUUUUCGCCAUUAAAUUUCAACAUUCGUAAGUUUAGUCAUUUUCUUAUAAAAAGUUCACAACGAAUGAAAAUUCGGCAUUUUGAUAAACCACUAAUAUCAGAGGGUAUUACGAGUGUAGUUCUAAAUUGCAAUGACGGAAUCCCAUACAAAAGAUAGUUGCGCGUAAGCAUGGCGCCGCGCGCCGCCGGCAACCACCUUCUUCCAGUGGUCUUCGUCUAAUAGUUAAACAAAUCUUUGUGUACCAGUAUUUUUGAUCUCUUUCGACAAAAAACAGCAAAAUUAAUGGAGUGCCUUACCUAUUUAAAUAUGAUAUGAAAUUAGGAUGGAUGAAUUUUAUUCUAGCAUAAUUUGAUGAAACACCAUAAUAUAAUAGCAUAAUAAAACUUCCUUGAAACCGAGUAGGUAUUUCUUUAAAUAGUAGAUAAUAUAUUGUAAUGAAUUUAAUAAAAGUUAUUUAAUAAUUAUACAUAUAACUUAUAGCAUAAAUAUGUACUAAAAUAAUUAUGGUGUGCACUAUUAUUUGAAAGAUAAUAUAUUUACGAAAUCAAUUUGUUAUUUUGUAGAAGUGUAAGUAGGUCUCUACUAACGUUUGGUUGCGUCUCUUAUGCUAAUAGCCUAUAUUUAUACUUUACAUUUAUUUCCACUUUCUUAUGAACCGUCUAAUUAAUAUAAGUAAUUGAUUGUAGGUAUGUCUAACUGACUUGCAUGUGAGAAAAUCUGUAUGAACCAUAUGAACCAUCGACACAUUAAUUAUUGCACUUUAGGAAGUCUACUUGGCUUGUUUUUUUUAUAUUUAAGAAGGAAGUAUAGCGCGUACUCUCGUCUAUACAAAAAGAGACAAUGUUUUUCCACUUCUAAAUAUUUUCCAUUAUCCAUGAUUUUUGAUUUUUUUAUGUUUGUUAUUAACACAAUGGAAGUAGGUUUAUAGGCUUUCCUUCUUUUUUCAAAAUUGCCAAAACAAAAGAAAACUAAAAAGUGAAACCUAUAAACAUAGAAUGUAUACCGGGUGUUUCCUGUAAUACGAGCAAAUAACUAAACCAUAUACAUAGUACUCCUAAAACGAUAUAACUUUUGAUUAACAACUUUUGAAAAUGAUGAAAUCUUUCACUUUUUCAUACAAAUUUAAUAUUAUUUUCAAUGUACGCUGACAUCAGUGCGUUUGACGUUGCUUGUCACGCUUUAAACAUAACAAAAUUCGCAAUACAUUGCGUCUUAGAAUUAACUUCAAAGUAAAAAACAAAAAUCAAAACAAAAGUUAUUUUUCAAAAUUGUUGAACAAAUGUUGGUCAGUUUGAGAAGUACAGGCUACAGUUUAAUUUAUUGCUCCUGUUACAGGAAGCACCCGGUAUAUUAAAUCAAAGUGAUUUGUGUAUAUUUAGGUAGUGGAAACCGUUUUCUCCCGAAAUGGAAUUUCAAAGAAAAAGACCGUUAUUUCGUGAGGAUCGCUAAGCUAUUCUUCCCUUUUAACUUUUCAUUAAAUUCACUAAAGAACAAAUAGAACGAAAAAAUGCUUUCUGUGCGUGCAACCAAGUUGCACUAGCCGUUUGGCGCUAGAUACAUAUGGUGUAAUUUUUAAGAUCAUUAAGAGACAAUUUUUCUUUAGAGUUAUACCAAGCUAAAUUGGCAGAUAUUUUGAAAGCCCAGACUGUAAAUGUGUUAUGUAAAUGUCAUCAUUUUGAAGCUUGACGUUUAAAAUAACCCUUGCACAGUCUCGGUUAUUAAACUCGUCGUCAGCUAAGAUUGGUCUAACUCUAUUAGCGUUAAGCUGCGCAUGGUUUUACGUUCGAUUUUUUAAAGCCACUUAACACUUAAUAUCAAGUAUUUUUAGUGAAUGUUUGAUAAAAUAUUGAUGCAAGUCUGGUAGAAAAAUGCUCCCGUUACUUUGAACUCUUUAUUAAUAAAGUUUAUUAAAUCUAAAUGUAGCCUGUGCCACAUGAUGUGUAUAUACAAUAUACAUUUCUCUAGAUAGUCCUAUUGUUAUAUGUUUAUAUUAGGAAGGUCAUUUUUACUAUAGCAAAUGUAAAGAACUUAUUGAAAUUAGGUGUUCCACAAUAGAGCUUCCUGAUCGAUUAUUCCAUGAUUUGUCUACCAUCAGAGUUAGUUGUGUGUUGUUCCCAAAUAGAAUUCUAAUAAAAUGUAUCUUUAUUGUAAAAAUACUGUAUUUGCCGAAGCUGAUAAAUGAGCAUAUCUAAAAAAAGUUAUUUAUAAUAUCUUUAUCACUUUUUUUAAGUUCUGUCUAGUAAUCUCAUAUUUUCGUAAUUCCAAAGAACCUCAAGAGAAUUUUUAUUAAAAAAUUCUAACAAAAAAGAAAAUUAUUAUAAGUUAUAAGGGGAGUAAUUUUGUGCAAACUUACUUUAGAUAUGCUCUAAUGGGGUCAUAUCAGAUAAAAGGAACUUUUUUCGGAAACUCUUAAGUUUGUAGGUACUUUUGUUUCUAGAUUAUUUAAGUAAAUAAAUUCUUACUGAAUAUAUAAAAAAUCUCCUACUAUGACCUGAAAUCAGAUGGAAACAAUUUUAUUGAUGAAUGAUGCUAGAUCAAUUUUGCUCAAACAUGUAACUACAUAAAUAAAUUUAAAAAAAUAUAAACUUAAGGCUUAUUCUGAUUGUAAUAACAGGUCAAAAAUUUGAUCUGGAUUUCCUUUGUGUAUGAUCUGUCAGUAUCGAAAACGCGAUUUCUCCGUUUAUUACAAUCAGAAUAUUUCCUUAUCACUUGUCUAAAGUAAGGUUUAGGCAGGAGUCAUUUUUUUUGUUUGAUGCCAACUGUAGUGUGGACUAAAUAUGAGACUAUUCUUUGUUUGCAUUGAGUCCAGGAUUGAUCAACGCAAUUUUGUCGUUUGGUCGUAGGCCUGUUCAGCCCGCGUAGCCAACGUGCCAAUUGUUAAUGCAUUUACAUGUUGGCUGCGCGGUCUGGUUCAGGUUCAUGUUGGUCUUAUCGAGCGUAAGUUUAUGACGAUAGCAAUGCCUCUGCUCAGUAUUCGAGCACGCAUUACAACAAAAUUAACGUAAUUCUAAAUUUAGUGCUUUGAACUUAGAGCCUUCUUCAAAUAUAACGCUGAAUUCAGACAAAAUAUGUAAAGAAAACACCAAAAAUCAAUCUCUGGAACACGUGAUUCAAAUUGUUUUACGUAGGUAUAUUAUGAAAGCCUAUUUAUACACGGCAUGAUUUAUUUAACAAUUGAGUAGGUAUCAUAAAUAUCAUGCUAAGACAGAGUCAUCCAAAAGAUCGUUGUUCAUUCAUCUCACCGAUCACGUGAGAUAAUCUGUAUUUGGGCGAGGUAUACACUGCUCUUUACAACACCUAUGAUUAUUAUUUAAAUAUUUGGCCAACAAAAAUCUAAAAUUGUUGUCACAGUGAAGUACUGAAAAAGGUUUUUGUAAGCUAGUUAUAAUUAUCACGUACUUGUAAAUACUUAUUAUAUUUUAAAUGUUUCACUCAUAUCAUUCUAGAGAAACAGAUUUAUUAGAGAAUUGUAAGGUUUUAAAUUCAUGACACUGAUAUGUUUGAUUUAUGAAAGUGGAUUUACUAUUUAAUAAACAUAUUGUACUACAUGAUA